UGUUUUCAUGCAUCCUCUGUCUGGCAUCACCAUCAGCCAGCAGACGGCAGAAGAAGAAAAGAGGAAGUGGAAACAUCAGCACUAUCUCUAUACGGUAGAGAGAGGGAGGGAGGGAGCAAACACCGCUGAGUGACACUCACACACACUCACACACAAACUCUGGACAUCAGCGCUUUAGUGGAAGAAGUGUCCUCGCCUCGUCAGGUUUGGAUGAGCUUCCUCCAGCAGCAGUGACAGAGGUGUGAGUAAGAGAGACCGAAAACCCCCAUCCCCCCUCAGCCAUGCCGCCGCCGGCAGACAUCGUGAAGGUGGCCAUUGAAUGGCCAGGGGCCUUCCCCAAGCUCAUGGAGAUAGACCAGAAAAAGCCUCUCUCAGCCAUCAUUAAAGAAGUGUGUGAGGGGUGGUCCCUGGGGAACCAUGAAAACUUUGCUCUGCAGAUUGCUGAUGCCACAAAUUUCUACAUCACAGAAAAGAAUCGCAAUGACAUAAAGAAUGGAUCUAUUCUGCGCUUGACCACCUCUCCUUACCAGACUGCAGUCCAGCUUCACGAACGGAUCCAGUCUACCAGCAUGGACGCCAAGCUGGAGUCUCUGAAGGACCUGGCCAACGCCUCGAGGGACAUUACCUUCGCUCAAGAGUUCAUCAACCUGGACGGCAUCUCCCUGCUCACUCAGAUGGUGGAGAGUGGGACAGAACGCUAUCAGAAACUACAGAAGAUAAUGAAGCCCUGUUUUGGCGACCUGCUGUCCUUCACUCUGACGGCCUUCGUGGAGCUGAUGGACCACGGCAUCGUCUCCUGGGACACUUUCUCUGUGGCCUUCAUCAAGAAGAUUGCCGGCUAUGUGAACAAGUCGGCCAUGGACACAGCCGUGCUGCAGCGUUCCCUGGCCAUCCUGGAGUCCAUGGUGCUCAACAGUCAGGAUCUGUACCACAAGGUGGCGCAAGAGAUCACCAUCGGGCAGCUCAUCCCUCAUCUUCAAGGGACUGAUCAAGACAUUCAGACCUACACUGUUGCUGUCAUCAAUGCUCUCUUCCUCAAAGCUCCUGAGGAGAAGAGACAGUUUGAUGAGCACAUUGUGGACAUCCUAAAUUGUCCCCUGACAGAGAUGGCCCAUAUUCUUGCCCAGAAACAGCUGCGCUCCAUCAUCCUCAGUAACGUGAUCCGGAGCCCCACUCCCAUCAACGAUGAGAUGGCCCACCAGCUGUACGUCCUGCAGGUGCUCACCUUCAACCUGCUGGAGGACCGCAUGAUGACCAAGAUGGAUCCACAGGACCAGGUGGGGGGAUGA